GGACACUGGUAUCAGUGUAAGGAAAAGAGUAAUAAAAAUCUUAAGAGACAUUUGCUUGGAGCAACCAACAUUUCCAAAAAUCACUGAGAUGUGUGUGAAAAUGAUCCGCAGAGUGAAUGAUGAGGAGGGCAUUAAGGUAAGAAGAAAAGAAAAAAAACAUUUUUGCAUAUAUCAUUGCUGCACAGUAAAACCACCAAAAGGGGUAUUUUGUCUUGCAUACCUUUUGUUUAAACCAGAGAACUUUAUUUUAAUGACAUUCAGUGUAUUCAUGAAAGGUGAGUGAGCACAGACUAAAUUUGACCAAAGUAACAGACUUAUUUCUACAAAUCAACCAAAUGAGAUGAUUUUUUCCCUCCUUUCAUUUAGUUAUUUUGCCCCAAGUUUUGAAAGAUUGUUCAUGAUCUGCCAUCUAUUUAAUCGAUUUUUUUUGAAUUUUCAGCCAUUUCCACACUAUUUGAAAUAUUAUAUCACAUGUCUCAUUUAGAAAAAUGUUCAUGUGUCCACCUGACCUGCUCUUCCUAAUUUUCUCAUAGUGUAGAUUUAAUAAACAAGUAGUAGUACAGAUAUUUGUUUCUGUAAGGACCUUUUUCUCUCAAAAAAAAAAAAAAAUUUACAGGCAUUUUUAAAUCCUUUCUAUGACUAGCAUUCUAUUUUCUGCAUUAAUUUCUCCUCUUUGUGCUCUUGUAUAAGAAUGUUUCUCACAAACACUGUCUGCACAAUUAAUUUUCCUCAUUUUCCAUGAUUAUAUAUGUGUAUUCUCUCUCUCUCUCUCUCUCGUGAGGUCUCAUUUUGAAUUUAUAUACCGUACCCCCCACCCCUUCCCACAUGAAAUGUGUGCAGAUUAAUAAUGUCUACAUGUAAUGGAAGUAAAAUAAUCACUUCUUUCAGAAACUAGUAAAUGAAACAUUCCAGAAGCUCUGGUUCACCCCAACACCUCAGAACGAUAAGGAAGCAAUGACCAGGAAAAUCCUGAAUAUAACAGACGUGGUAAGAAAGGAUAUAUUUCCUAACUUAACGUAAUGUAUUGUUGCAAUUAUUAUCUAGUUAUUCACUGUACCCCUCCGUAUUUUAGGUUGCAGCUUGUAGGGAUACAGGCUAUGACUGGUUUGAGCAACUUCUUCAGAAUGUGAGUAUAGCUAAAAAUCUAAUUACCUACUUUUGGUCUACCCUUGCACCUGGAAACUGUGCAUCCCUCUAAAAGUUUUAUGUAGGACUUGGCACUAUUGCUGAUUAAACUGUGCUAUUCAUUAUACAAGGGAGAGCACUUAACAGAUAUUUGCAAUUUUGAUGUUAUAUGUCUCGAUCAUAGAUUACACCGCUGCUCUUGAUGUUCUCACUAUUCCCCACAUUCUUCUAUUCUAAUUCCACAAGCUAUUCUGGUCUCCUCUCAUCUGAUCGAGGGUGCAAUAAAUGGAUAGCUCUAACUUGGCAUUUUUUGUUGCUAAACAUAACAUUUUGGCUUGAGUAGUUAAAUAAGACCUAAUCACUUAACAGAUUUGUUUUACACCGUGACUGUGUUUGCUUGAUAGCUGUUAAAGAUCGAAGAAGAUGCUUCAUAUAAACCCGUGAAGAAAGCCUGCACCCAGCUGGUUGACAACCUUGUCGAGCACAUCCUGAAAUACGAGGAGUCCAUGGCUGGUAUGUUCUUCCAAAGCUAUUAUUUCAGCCUAAUUUUGUAAUGCAUACAUCACAGACCCCUUAAACGUUGUAACUCACCUCAGAUGCGUUCUCUGGAAGAAAGGAGGAACCCUAAAAGCCAAGCAGAUUUUCCAAGGCGGCAAGAAAAAAAAGUUUAUUUUUAAAAUAAAAACUUUUUGACUAGUUUCGAAUCUCAUCAUUCAAAAAAAAAAUAAAUCCAUUAAAGCAUAUAAUUGUGUUUUUUGAACUUGUAGUUAUGGCACAUUAUCCCACCCUUCAUCUUCAGUUUGUUGCAAAGAAAACUACUUUUCUUUCAGCACUCCAGGCUUAGUAAAUUAUUUCACUGAUGUCUUUUUAAUCCCCUGUUUGUAUUUUAUUUACAGAGACUGACAGCAAAGGUGUGAAUUCCGGUCGUUUGGUUGCUUGCAUAACCACUCUGUUCUUAUUCAGCAAAAUCCGGCCUCAGCUUAUGGUUAAGCAUGCCAUGACCAUGCAGCCUUACCUUACCACUAAAUGUAGCGUAAGUACAUAUGACACAAUAUUCCAAGCUUAGCAGACUUCAUGUACUCCCCAUGUAAUCUGUUUUACAAACCGUUUUUUUGAAUCUUGUAUUUAUUUAUUUUUAAUUGGUAUUUAAAUGUCCUCUGUUUUGCUCAGUAGGCAUGCUUUUCAAAUUCCCUUUAAAAAGCAAAAUAAUAAUACAUCUCUAGUUUAGGUAGAAUUAUAAACUCCCACUGCAUUGAGAUAUUUACUAUCUGCAACACAAACUCAGUGAACUAAUUUAAGGUUGAUGGCCAUAAUAGAGAAACUAUGAGUGUUAUUUACUAAAGGAAAAAUUGUUGGCAAUGCAAAAUUAAUUUCCGAUUUAAGGCCAAAAUUGCCAAACUGGUUGUAAUAGUUAGCUAUGCUUCCAGUUCCGCUAUUUUUGCUUUGCAUUUUAAAUUCACUUUGAAUAUCUGGCAAUAUUCUUUUUUUAAAUUUUUUUUUUUUUAAGUGAAUAAUGCUGUAUGCAAUACUUUAACCAGAAUGAAAUGAAAAAGGAUUCAUUCACAUUAUACCUUUAAAUUGAAAUGUUGAAGCCUAAAUUAACUUGUACGGUGAUCUUGGUCCCCCUCAUUUUUUUAAAUGCAUUUCACACGGUUUUCUUUUUAACAGACACAAAAUGAUUUCAUGGUGAUAUGCAAUGUUGCCAAAAUCUUAGAAUUGGUUGUCCCGCUUAUGGAGCACCCCAGCGAGACAUUCUUGGCAACAAUUGAGGAAGAUCUCAUGAAGCUUAUUAUCAAAUACGGCAUGACGGUAAGCCACUCAUUCUUCACUAACAUUUAUAUAUAGUGCUUAUCGGUUUUCUUUUUGGUCGUGUAGAAAUUAUAUUGUAUCUGAGGUAGCAAGUAUUAUUUUUGCUUUUUCAAUCUUCUGAUCCAAAGAUGUUUGUUAAAUAUGUUAAAUAGUGCUGCUAAUGAUUUUAGUAUGUUUACCGUUGAAAUAGGUAGUCAAAUUGACCCCUUAAAUGACCACUAUAGUGCCAAGAAAACAAGCUUGUUUUUCUGGCACUAUAGGGUCUUUAGAUCCCCUCCCCACCCUCCGGGUCCCACUCUCGCCGGGCGGAAAGAGUUAAAAUCUUACCUUUCUCCAGCGUUGGGCUCCCUCGGCGUUGGGGAACUCUCUCCAUCUUCCGACGUCAGCGCUGAAUGCGCAUGCACGUCAAGAGCUGUGCUCAUUCAAUCAGUCUAUAGGAAAGCAUUUCUCAAUGUGACGUCUGGAUUAACCCUAUUGUAAACAUAGCAGUUUCUCUGAAACUGUUUACAGCUGCAGGGUUAACCCUAGAUGGACCUGGCACCCAGACCACUUCAUUGAGCUGAAGUGGUCUGGGUGCCUAUAGUGAUACUUUAAACAUAACAUUCCUAUGUGCACAUCAUGCGGCUUACCACACGUAAGACAUCACAUGUGAUGUCACUGCUGUCCAGCACCAACUUGAUAACGUAUAGUGCCAGUGCUAUAUGGAAUGAUUCCAUGUACAUGAAGUCCAUUCAUUUACAUGUGCAAUUAACAGAGCACUCUAGUGAUGGCUAAUACUUUCAGCAUUUAAAUUAAAGCCAUUGCCAAAGCUAGACAUCAUUGGUAUAACCUAUAGUACAUUUGAAAUGAUAUGCUUGAUUUUUGAAACCCUAUUAUUGAAUAUAUGUGUGUAUUUUAUAUAUAAGCAAAAAUACACACACUGCUCAAAAUGUUCACCCCUGGUGAGUAUACCAUUAUCCCUCUGGGCUUGCAGUAUAUAUAAUGUAUAUCGUGAAUGUAUGUGUAUUUAUACUAACAUUUAAUCUUAUUUAUUUCCAUUUCAGGUGGUCCAGCAUUGUGUCAGUUGUCUGGGAGCGGUUGUAAAUAAAGUAACCCAAAAUUAUAAGUUUGUUUGGGCCUGUUUUAACAGAUAUUAUGGUAAGAAAGUAUUGUGACUUGUAAGCACAAGUUAGGCUGCAUAGUGUUAAUAUUUUUGAAACUCUUGACAACACCAGUUGUAUUGGUUGCUGGCUCAGAGGUUUAGUCUGUCAUGAAUAUAAACAGCACGGUGUUCGUUAUAAGUAAUGCUAUAUGCAUAGUUCGGGAACGUCAUGUCUAUUAUUCGAUUUAUUUGUAUAGACCAGGCAUAGGCAGCCUUCGGCACUCCAGAUGUGUUGGACUACACCUCCCAUGAUGAUUUGCCAGCAUUAUGGGAGUAAGCAUUAUGGGGGAUGUAGUCUACACCAUCUGGAGUGCCGAAGGUUGCCUAUCCCUGGUAUAGAUGAAACACGGACAUCUUACAUCUAGGAUAUACUUCAUUGUUAAAUCUUUUUCCUAUCUUUGCAAAAUAUCUAAAAACUGCUAGAGAUAAUAUUACCAUAGAUUUCUGCUGGUAUUUAAAAUGUAUAUUUGUUUUGAAAUAGUUUUAAUAGUCUGUGUGGCAAGAAUUCUGAUAUUGUCACCUGUGUGGUAUAAGUUGGUUUUGCAGAUGUGCUGUAGGAGUAGAAGCUCCCUGUUGUGUAGCUCUCUUGGCAUUUACUUUAUGCUCUAAAUAAAAGCCAACAUGUCGCACAGGUGUAUGUGUAGUUUGAGCGUGUUUAUUUUGUAUAGUUUUGUAUUAUAAAUUUAGUUUUUUGUUCUUUUUGUAAAUUUUUUUUUCUUUUUUUCUUACAGGAGCACUUUUAAAAUUAAAAAGUCAGCAUCAAGAAGACCCAAACAGUACUGUCCUCACUACAAACAAGCCAGCACUUCUUCGAUCCCUCUUUACAGUUGGAGCAUUGUGUCGCCAUUUUGAUUUUGAUCAGGAAGACUUCAAAGGAAGCAGUAAAGUAAAUAUUGCGGUUUGUAAUCCAUUUUUUUCAUCUCAUUCAUUGCCAUUGCAUGUAAAAAUCAUUAAAUUAGUGAAAAAAACAGGUUUAUAGAGAGCGCAAAAAAAAUAUCAGUAAAAUAGUGGAUUUUCGAAGCAAGUGCUUCAAAUUAUGAUUAUCCACAAGAAAAAGUUAAUACAAAGCUGCCGGAUACACUAAAAACCUUCCCAAGUUUUAAAACAUCAUGUGUGACAUAAAUUGAAAUAAAAACAGUAUCAGCGCUUAGUUAAUAUACCCCUAUUUUUUGUAUAUGGGUCAACAACAAAAAUAUAUUGAAUAAAUUAAAUAAAGAGUCCCAGUUUCAAUCUUCAUGGGGUGUUUUCAAAUGUCCGCAGGGAUUUGAUAGUUGUAACAGUAAUUGAUGUAAAAAGACUUUGUCUUUAUAUGUAUCCAACAAUUAAAAGUGGUGAAACUUAUUUCUAAGGUUCACAAUAAAAACGUAGAAAUGCAGAAUAUUGGUUGGUGAAUAUAAAGUUACCGCUCCAUGGGUGUUAUUUCCAGACCGGUCCUGUGCACUCGGAUCGAUCCUCACUGAGAAGCCAACUAGCCAAUCUUACUGCAGUCUCUCCAAAUUCUGAAACACGAUCUACGCGUUUCUGGCGGGAUUUUUGAAUUUGGAGAGACCUGCAGUAAGAUUGGCUAGUUGGCUUCUCAGUGAGGAUCGAUCCGAGUGCACAGGACCGGUCUGGAAAUAACACCCAUGGAGCGGUAACUUUAUAUUCACCACCAAUAUUCUGCAUUUCUACGUUUUUAUUGUGAACCUUAGAAAUAAGUUUCACCACUUUUAAUUGUUGGAUACAUAUAAAGACAAAGUCUUUUUACACCAAUUACUGUUACAACUAUCAAAUCCCUGCGGACAUUUGAAAACACCCCAUGAAGAUUGAAACUGGGACUCUUUAUUUAAUUUAUUCAAUAUAUUUUUGUUGUUGACCCAUAUACAAAAAAUAGGGGUAUAUUAACUAAGCGCUGAUACUGUUUUUAUUCCAUCAUUAAAUUAGUGCUUAUGUUUGAAGGUGUGAAUGUUAUUAGUUCCCUAUUGUCUAGUAGUCUGAUAGGACUUGACAUGAGAAUCAUAUUUAUAGACGUCACUUGGAGGCAUGUGGCUUUAAGUAAACAUUCACAACUCAUAGGACAUUUUCUUUUGUCAUUUUAAUAGUUGCACCUAUGUAAAUAUUUCAUUAUUAGCUUCUUGAAGUUUCAUACCUCAAUAUCUCACAUGCUGUAUUUAAAUGCUACUAUUUAGUAUUUACAGGACCAUGGCAUUUACACAGUAGAGUAAAAUUCUCAGUUUCUGUUCAAGACUUCCAAGCUGAAAAUGUUAUGGGAGUUGUAGUUGCCUGCCGAGCCACCACUGAUAUACUAUUUUGCAUCUAUCACAAAAGCACUAUGUAGUUCAAGCUUUGUCCAACCAUUUCAAUACCAAUGAAAAUGAUUUUUUUUGGUUUCAUUUUUCAGGUGAACAUAAAAGAUAAAGUUCUUGAGCUAUUGUUGUACUUUACAAAGCAUUCAGAUGAGGAGGUACAGACAAAAGCCAUUAUCGGUCUUGGUAAGUGAUUUCAUAUUCUUACCUUCAGUUAAUUGUAUUCCUGUCACAUUGUUUUUAAAGUUACAGUUCAUGCUUAAAUCAUUUUCCACCUAUGGAGUUUCAAGCUAUGGCCUGAGUUUACUUCCUAUUACUGUGGCUCAUUAUGCUAUUUGUUCUCCUAAGGUUUUUCAUUUAUCCAGCACCCGAUUCUAAUGUUUGAAGUGGACGUGAAAAAUCUAUACAACAACCUCCUAUCAGAUAAGAACUGCUCGGUGAAUUUGAAAAUUCAGGUUUUAAAAAACCUUCAAACCUACUUGCAAGAAGAAGACACGCGGAUGCAACAGGCAGACCGAGACUGUAAGUUACAGAGACCAUGCUCUGGUGCUGGAAGCUUUUCAUAGACCGUCCAUAGCCAAUUGCAUGCCCUGCUAUUGGAGAAUAUUAAGGCUAUUAGACUUUAACAGACACCCUGUCAUGUAACUUUGAAACACUUGCACUUCAUAGGAAAAUAAAAUGUAAUCUAUUUUCAAAUGGCAUCAAAUUUCACACUGUGCAAGCCAAAUAAAAUACAUCAUUAUUUAUGUAUUUUUGCUUGAAGUUGUUGCACUAUGCUCAUGGCAAUGAAUUGCAUACUCAAACGCAAUAGUGCUCAGAUGCAGUUUUGGGAUGCUGCACAGUAUAUAGCAGGGACAGUCACAAUGUGAUAUCCUUUCACCAACGCAUGUGAUCACAGUAACUGUAUUUCCAUAUUGUCUGUUUGAUUCUGUUUAUUUCCUUAUGGUUGCAUGGUGUUUGUAGUCUUUACUAAAGUGACCUUUGCCCUGAUCUUUAGGGAAAAAGAUGUCCAAGCAAGAAGACUUAAAAGAAAUGGGAGAUAUUUCCUCAGGGAUGAGCAGCUCCAUUAUGCAGCUUUACCUCAAGCAGGUCCUGGAGUCUUUCUUCAGCACCCAAUCCAGUGUGCGCCACUUCGCUCUCAAUGUCAUUGCUUUGACUUUAAAUCAAGGCCUCAUUCAUCCUGUUCAGGUAGAAAGCCAUAGCCUUUCUUACUACAGAAGUCCAGUAAACCUUUCUAUAAUAUGGACUGUCUUUCAGGUUUCAAUUUAUUGGUGAUAGUGUUUCAUAUAAUGCCUUAUUUUGCUUGUGCCAUUUUCAGUGUGUGCCAUAUCUGAUUGCCAUGGGAACAGACCCUGAGCCGUCCAUGCGGAACAAAUCAGAUCAGCAGCUUGUGGAAAUAGACAAGAAAUACACUGGAUUCAUUCAUGUAAGUGCAUGUCACAUUGCUAUAACACCUACAGUGCUGUCCUCUUAAUUUUUCACAGUAACGCAAAUGUAUCCUUACUUGAGACUAGUUUACAAUGUUUUCAUACAUAGAUAUGUUUUAUUUCCUGUCAAACUAUUUUUAAUGACAGAUUGUUUGUAAAGGGUGUUGCAAGUGUACUCUCUUGCUUAUAAAUAAUAUACUAUCUCCUUUUUCAGUUAAAUCCUUAUGAUUCUGUUCAUCAGUGGUUUCUGAAUGUACACACCUCCCACUGAGGACAUGCUCUCAUCUUUUUAUUUAUGAAUUGCUUUAAAGCCUGUAUUGACUAGGCACCUUAUUUAAUUUGGAAGGGUCGCUGCUUUAGCCCUAGCUAUCUCAAGGGUAAACUUAAGACACCAAAACUUAAAAAAUGCUGGAAUAUUGUAUUACUUACUAUUUAUUACUUACUAUAUCACUCUUUCUUUUGGGAAUUGAAAAGUAGAUUUGAUUUCCUGUUUUUUUAAAUUUUAUUUUACAGAUGAAAGCUGUUGCCGGCAUAAAGAUGUCCUACCAAGUGCAGCAAGCAAUCAUUUCUAACGAAAAGCGCAUGCUGAGGGGGUUCAGGCAAGAUGAGACUAGCAGCGCUCUGUGUUCCCACCUUUAUUCCAUGAUUCGAGGGAACCGUCAGCAUAGGAGGGCCUUUCUCAUAUCUCUGCUCAACCUGUUUGAUGAUGCUGCGGUACGAAUAAUUUUUUAGCGGUUUUCACAGUUGUUUUACAUUGUUCAUGUCAUGUGUAUUCUAGUGGUAAAUGGCUUUAUGUACUUUUCUAAUUUGUUUAAAAUGUGUUUUUCUGUAGAAAACGGAAGUGAAUAUGCUGUUGUAUAUAGCAGACAAUCUUGCUUGCUUUCCAUAUCAGACACAGGAAGAGCCCCUUUUCAUCAUGCAUCAUAUAGACAUUACAUUAUCCGUUUCUGGUAGCAAUCUGCUACAGUCCUUCAGAGAGGUGAGUCUGUUACCAGUCAAGGCUUUAAACGUAGAGACUAGAACUGUUCAGUAUCAAAAGUAAUUUUAUCGAGAUUUGCAUUUAAUGGACAUGCGACACUUGAGCAAUUGAAGUAUGGGAUUUCCAAAUUGCUGUUUUGUCUAGUUAAUAUACAUUACUCAUUACAUGUUAGAUGAUAUGGAGUAUCUUUACAUUAGACAUUGAAAAGACAAUUUACAUUAUGUCAUCAGAUAGUGAAGCUACAGGUUUUAAAUGGUCCCAAUAAUUACACAUAAUGUCAGACAUCACAUAUUUAAACAAAAUAAAACACCUAUUGUUAAAAAGCAAUCUGUAGAUCUGCAGUGGCUAACCUUAGCACUGGCUGUGCAUCAUAUUUUAGGUCACAAAACCUCUACAAUGGCAUGCUUGGCAAUAACUGAUAUAGAUCGUUUAUGUUGAUGUCAAGUAAAAAACAUAUAUCUAUUUUUAGUCCAUGGUGAAGGGAAAGCCGAAAGUGAAAAAGCCAGCCUCUGAAGAAGAAAGCGGAAGUGAAAGUGAGGAGGAAGUGGUCCGACCGAGAAGAACGCGACGGCGAGCCAAUUCGGAGUCUGACUCUGAUGGCGAGGAUGAUGUAGAUCAUGUCCUAAGCUGUUUACCAGAGAAUGCUGGACCGCUAAUUGAGUUCGCAAAUGCCUCUCAAGGAAUCUUGCUGCUUUUGAUGUUGAAACAGCACUUGAAGAACUUGUGUGGCUUUUCAGAUAGGUAAAUUGACAUUUGUUGCAAAUGACCACAGCAGAAUUCAGUUUUCCUUUUGUAAUACAAUGGAAACAGUUGAUUUCUGAUUUCUUACCCAUUCAAAAACUUAAAAAUAAUCUUAAAACAUCUUGUGCAUUUUCUGUGGCUUCAUAUGAAGGAGUCAUUUAAAAAUGUAUUUUAUUCUUCUUCUAAAAACUUAUAGAUGAUGCAUAAUGAUGACUGUUGUGAGACUGUUUAACAGUCCAAAAAGUAAAACACCUUCUCACAGAACUGCAGUUGCCAACUCUCCACUUGAUGGUUGUGUUAACUGAAUAACUGUGGGUAGAUCAGAUUUAAAAACAAUUACAAAUUAAUAGUGUGAUAUUUUCAGUAAGCUGAUUUAUUUAGCUAAUGUGAUUUUCAGAAUGUUAAUUGUAAGUCAUUGAGGUUCUGUUUCUUGAUCUGCAGUAAAAUUCAGAAAUAUUCUCCUUCUGAGUCUGCUAAAGUGUAUGACAAGGCUAUAAACCGAAAAACCGGAGUCCAUUUCCAUCCUAAGCAGACUCUUGAGUUUCUGAAGAGGGAUAUGACGUGUGGAAAGCUUAAUGAAGAUACUAAGAGGACUAUUGCAAAGCAAUAUUUGGAUGUAAGUUUUUUUUUUUUUUUUUUAAAAUGUAUUUUUUAAAAUGUGUAUUUAAUUUGGCUUAAUGUCAUGUGAGCCGUGUAUUACAGUGUUAUUGUGAUUUGUAUAAAGCAUGGGUCGUCAACCUGGUCCCUUCCGCCCACUAGUGGGCGUUUCAGGAUUCCAGGUGGGUGGUAGGGAUUUCGGAGGCUAAAUCCUCUUUUUAAGAGGAUUUCUCCUUUUGGGCGGGCGCGAGCGGCUCUGCGUGCGCAAGUCUUCAGUGACCGGCAGGAGGAAGUGCUCCCUCCUGCCAGGCCACCUUCUGGACCCCCCUGGCAUGGCAGAGUUCUAAUCAGACGUGGCGAGGGAGCUCUAACCUCUCUGCUCUGCUCCCUCGCACGAUGUUUGCUGAUGCCGUCCUAUUCCGGCUCCCGGCAUCAGUAGACAGUCCGCGAGGGAGCAGAGCAGAGAGGUUAGAGCUCCCUCGCCGCGUCUGAUUAGCCGCCCGCCGAAGCGAAGCCCCGCUGGACCCCAGGGACAGAUCCACACCAGCUCUCCAGGUAGGGAGGCUGGGUGGACAUUUAAUAAUUAUAAUUUGUGUGUAUAUGUGUUUGUCUGAAAGUGUAUAUAUGUGUGUGUGUGUCAUUAAGUGUGUGUAUGUAUGUGUGUGUCAUUAAGUGUGUGUGUGUGUGUGUGUGUGUCAUUAAGUGUGUGUGUGUGUGUCAUUAAGUGUGUGUGUGUGUGUGUCAUUAAGUGUGUGUGUGUGUGUGUCAUUAAGUGUGUGUGUGUGAGUGUGUGUCUGCGAGCAGAGUACUUGUAGAAUAGAAGAAAGAAGGUGCAGAGUACUUGUAAAAAAGGAGAAGGAAGGAAAAGGAGAGAAUUGUUGUUGACUAAUAAUAGUAAGUGGGCUACCUAGCUCAGCCUUCCUACUGGGCAUUGCUAUAAGUAAGGUUAAAAAAUAGAGAAAAGGGAAAAAAAAGGUGGGGAGGGGAAUUGAGGAGGGAGAGGAGGGGAGCUGACGCACAGAUGAGAAAUCAUUUUAUGAGCAAACAAAGAAGUCUUCUGAUUAUCACCGAAAGAGGAGACCUUCGUUUGUUCCUUACGAAAAUCGAACCAGAUAUCAAAUAUUUAGUCUCGCAGCAUCAACCUCAAGGAUCUCAUUAAUCACUAGUAAAGGUAAUUUCAAUUUACUUUUUUGCUUCCUCAUUAAACUUUACAAAGUUAAAAACAUUAUAAACAUGCAUAAAGUAUAAAUAAAAAGUUAAAUGCACGUACAUUUAUUUAUUUUUAAAAAACACCCUCCCUUCUAAAAAAUAUUCUGCGCUUGCGCGAAAACUGGUGGGCGGUAAGGACAUUUUUCCAUCAAGAAAGAUGCAUUAGUGGGCGUUAAGUGGAAAAAGGUUGACUACCACUGAUAUAAAGGGUGUUUUUAGCAUUUCAAGAAGUAGAAUAAUUGAGCAUAUUUACAGGGAGAGUUUUCCUCCUAGAGGAUACAUAUCAUUAUAAGUAAGACUGGUAGAUAUAUACAGCACUUCAUUUUUAUUAAAUUUUAAUGGAUCGUGGCCAUUUUUUUUAUUUCUCUUUUUUCCCCUCUUUUCUUUUGUUUCUCUAGUUCAAGUUACUAAUGGAGCAUUUAGAUCCCGAUGAAGAGGAGGAGGAAGGCGAGGUAUCAGCUAGCACAGAUGCUCGAAAUAAAGCCAUUACCUCAUUGCUUGGUGGUAACAGCCCUAAGAACAAUGUGGCUGAGACUGAAGAGGAAGAGAGUGAUGGAGAGGAGAAAGCUGGAGGCACGUCGGGGGUAAGUAUUAAUGUGGAAAUGUCUUGGUGCUUUUUUCAAUUUUUUUUUUUUUUUAUAAAUUAAUUUCUUGAUCUGUAUUCUUUGUACAGGGAAGUAGCGUGCAGAUACCCCAUAUCAACUCAUGGCCUUCCCUGUACUAAUUAUGCAGGAAUGUCUUCAUUUGCAAUGUGCAUGAGACUCUAAACUAACAGCUUUUAAUGUACUGUUUUUAAUUCUGUAAAUUAUUGCUUGUUCUCUUUGGGAUUGAUAUGUGCAUGUUUUAUAUGAUUAAAAUGGGAAAUGUUUUAAUCCAAGCCUUCGGGAUGUCCUUGCUGCUCUGUUCCCUGAGUGUAUGAUUUGUGGUCUUUAAAAUGAACCCCUGCUCUUUCUGCCUCGUCUUUUCCUACUUUUUGGUCUGUUGCAAGCUUCUUACCUCCUAAGCUAAUAGCUACCUCCUGCUAUUCUACCAGCAGCUUCUUUUAAAAUCCUCCAUGUUUUUCCUACUAAUUCAUGUUGUAUGCAUGGUGGCGGCUGCUAAGAGUUUUAUACGUUCCCUCCCCUCCCACCCCCCCUCCAAAUUACAUUUUAUCAGAAUUUGUGAUCACAUUGUGCAUUUUACUGUUGGAGUAGUCACUAAAGCAGUGGAUGUCACUGUGUUACUGAUUACUCUGGCUGUACAUAUGUGGUUACAUUACAUAUUUCCCAUAGCACAGCUGUAAACACAAUACAGAAUAUGAAAUAUACAAUAUAUAAUUUUUUAAAGUCUGGGGCACCCAUGGUGUGAAAUAGGCCUCUUACAUUUGUAUUAUUUUUUUUUUGUGAUUGGGCAACUACAUACUUACUGACUUUUACACAAAAUUCCAUUCCGGAUUAUAAAAUAGGAGAGCCUAUUCCUUGCUAUACUUGCACCUUUUAAUUCCUCUUAGAGCACUAUCUAUCAGUAGAAAAAAUUGUUGUGUUGGGGUGGGAAACAGAUUUGGCAUUAUAUCUCUGUAAAACACACCUGCAAUCAGCUAACUUUAUUGGUCAGUUAAAUUAUUAUGAAGCUUUCCUACUUUCUGUCCUGGAGAAGUAUUUUGGCACCUGUGCUAAACAUCCCUCCAACACUGGAAGCAUUGUAAGCUAAAACGAUUCUUCACAUUCUUUUCAUUUAAUGUCCCUUGAGCACUGUAAUGUCAAAAUGUUAAUGUAACAAUCAAUUACUUCUGCUCUGUGCUGGAAAUUGCAUAAUGGGCUGGGAGAUAAUGUCUGGAAUUUGAACUUGAAUUAUACACUGUGCCUGUGUUUUAUGGGAUGAUAUGUGGUUAUGCCUGUUUGGUCCCUAUGUUGUGGUCGUCUAAGUUAGGGUUACUUUCUAACCAUUUUUUUAUUUGCUGUGGGGGUAAGAAGCCAUUUUGUAGCUAGACUUAACCUUUUAUACAUCUUUUUUUGUAGAAAGGGUUUAGCGGAAAAGGCAAAAAAAAACGUAGAAAUUGAGAUUUAUCCAAAGUAAAAGGUAAUUUUAAUUUAGAUUUCCUCUUCUACUCUGUCCCUAUUUCCUUGCUAUAUUUUUGUAAUUUUUUUUUAAAAGUAGUUUUUAAUUUUGAAUGCAGUAGCAGUAAAGUCAGUGGUACACAUUAAAGACCUGACAUUCUCUAGGCACUGGUGGUUCUAAUGCAUCCCUUGGAUUGGAUUGGGUGUGGUAUCCAGACCACGGUGCCUGGGGUUGUAAAUCUUUUUGUUGUUUGUUGUGAUUGAUGCUGACUUCCAUUUAAACUUGUUUCUUUUCUUUCCCCCCUGCAUUGCCCGUGUAGUUGAGAAAAUCGAAAAGAUUAUCAGACUCUUCAGACAUGGCAGGACAGAUGAAUGAAACUGUAGAUGUCCAGGAUGUUAUUGCAAUUUGUUGUCCAAAAUACAAGGAUCGGCCUCAGAUUGCAAAAGUAGUUCAGAAAACCAGCCACGGCUUCAGUGUUCAAUGGAUGGCUGGCUCCUACAGGGGCCCUUGGGCCGAGGCAAAACGCCGUGAUGGCAGAAAACUGGUGCCUUGGGUUGACACUAUAAAAGAGUCAGACAUUAUUUACAAAAAAAUCGCUCUAACGAGCGCCAAUAAGCUGACUAAUAAAGUUGCUCAGACUUUACGAUCGCUGUAUGCAGCCAAGGACGGGACUUCCAGCUAAUAAAUUUGUAUAUUUGCAGCCAAAUUUACAGGAAAACAAGAACAGAUACAAACUUGAAAUCUCAGCAUUCUGGCAAAAAAAUUAAACCUAACAAACAAGAUAAAAAGAUCAGUUUUAUGAAGAGUAAGAACGGAACUUGGCCGUGUGAAGGAAAUGUUUGGUAAACAUUUUGUGGGAGCUUCCUUCGCUGUUGUACAGCAGAAACUUCUCAGUUCAUUUUUACUCCCACUGUAUUAUAGUUUAACAAAAAAUUGUUUAUAUCUUGAAGAAUACUUUCUGUUUAAAAAAACAACAAAAAAAUUUUACAAAAAAUAAACAAGUGAAUGUUGAAAAUUAGUCUGUUAAUGUUCUUAAUAAAGUGUUCUUGGAGUUUAACCUAGCAGCGGAUGGCUUUCUUUAGCUUAGCCCGGUUUCCAGGGAAGCAUUGAUUUUAUUUUUGUUUAUUUUUUUUUAUUUUAUUUUUUCUUUCUCCAGGCUGUAAAGUGGCGAAUGCUCUGGAUAUAUAUAAUUUAUUCUGUUGAAAACAAAAAAGCAUGCAGUAUCUAUGACCUAUCUGCAGGAGGAGGUUUUUUUUUUGUAAAUGUAGAUUUUGAUGUAUUAGGUCACCCUGAAAUUAUACACGAAAAGGGAUCCCCAGAAUACCUGCUGGAGAUAAUACUGCAAUAAAUUUUUUUACUUCUUUGUUACCUGUCUGUUUCCAUUUGAAUUUCUUAAUGUAAAGCUGUUUAAAUCCAAUUAUAUUAUUUUGCAGUCUUUUAUGUAAAAUUUACUAUCAGUCGUUUUCAACUCAAGGCAUAAAAUAUUGUUUAUACAGUUUGUAUAGUGACUUCGAAAUAACUGGUAUCUUUAUUUUCAUUCCUAUAAAAGGGUAUAGACACGAUUUAACUCCCGAUUUUAUUGUAUUCUGAAAUAUCUAGUGUUAACUAUAUAUGAUUUAGCACUGUGCCAAACUCCUUUUCAAGAAUGUUUGAUAUAAAAAGAAACUAUAGUUUAUUCUUUGUAUGUUUCAAUUUCUUUCCUGACACAGAAUGGGCUUGGUCUCUUACAUUUCUCAGGGCAAUUAGUUGGUGCAUUCCUACCUCUCGCCCUCAACUAAAAGCGAUUGCUUGCUAAUGUCAAGCUCAGAAUUUACAUGUUUAUUCAGCCACUCCUAAUACACACACACACACACAUCACAUAGAAUAUGCAUGGAGCAUCAACCUUAUACUGGCUAGUUUUCUGUGGAAAUGAAAAGGCAUAAAAAAAGGUUGGUCUCUACUGAUUAAAUCUUUAUUUUUAAAACUUCCCUGUGUUAUUUGUUUUGACAAAACCUUAUUAAAGGUAAAAUUCCAUAAUCUAUAUUUUCAGAACACCUUUGAAGUUUGUUUUUGUUUUGUUUUUUCCUUCCUUCCUCAUGGUACUCUCAAUAUUUAUUAAUUGCUAAGUGUAGUGGAUAUCAUUGCCUGUUUGUAUCAUUAAAGGGGACACGAAACACCACAUCAUGUUGUGCCAGUCAUGGUGCAAGUAGUCUUUGGAGUCAUUUCUGUUUUUUGUUUGUUUCAGAUUUCAAUAUUUUUAACAAAAUCAGGGUUUUCAAACUCAUCCCCUCAGCCUUCAAUGAUGAUGUAGAUGUUUUAUUUGCAUAUUAACAAAUGUGUUGAAUCUUAAAUGCCAGUAAUAGACUAUGACAACUGAUAGCAGCCUAGCUCAGUGCUCACAGCAUAUAUUUAAUAUCAAAGGUUGGACAGGUAAGCAGAAUUUGAAACUUCCAUAUUUCCACGGCGAGGUUAAGGUGUCUGGAGACCAGAAUUCAUUAUUGUGUCUACGUUUUAGAGAGCGUCUUAAAAGGAAUUUGAACCCUCUAGCAAUGUAUAUAUUUGUAUAUAUUUUUAUUCAAAUUGUAUUCAUGGGAAUUAUCAUUUUCUGACUAGUUACAAAAGGUUUGUGUCUAAUGCUUUAUCCAAAAUAUUUCAGAAGUGAUGUGUGCAAAACAAUCCAUUUUGGAGAUCAUGAUCUUUGGUAUAAGGUAUAACUAUCAUUUCCACUAGGUUUAAGUUUUGAGAGAUUUUAGUUGAUUUUGGUUGCUCAUAAUUAGGAUAUAUAAAAUCAGAGAGAAUACAUUGCGUUUGCUCCUAAAAUUACAUAAAUUCGAGCUGCUAAUACAUUUUUACACCUGGCAACAAACAGUGAAUACUAGUAAUAGAUUAUUUAUGCUGUGUAUAAAUCCUACAACUGUCGUACAGAACUCUACUUCCAGUUUGCUGUAUUGUUAAUCUUGAUAAUGAUGUAAUUUACAGGUUUAGCACAAACCAAGCAUCAUGCAAAGACCAGCCAGCUAAGUGUUCAGAGUUCAGUGAUUUCCCCGAACAUCUGCUGUGCAUAUUCUUGACCUUUUCUGAUGUUCAGUCUGCCAUCUUGUGUGAUUCUUUGGCCUCAUUUAUAUGUACCAAG